AUGAGAGCUUUUUCUGGUAAAACCGUGGUUUUUGCAACUGUUGCUUCUUUAGCAUUGGGUUCUCCAAUUAAAUAUGAUACUAACUCGACUGUUGAGUUACAAUCUUCUCUCACUCAGGAAGUUCUUGGUUGGGAUCAUGCAACUUUUCCCUCCAUUUAUCAAACCUGUAAUGAAACUAAUGCCAGAAUGCUGAACGCAGCUUUCAAAGACACCGCUGAAAUUACCGCUUAUGGUAAAGACAGACUCUUGAACUACGGUGUGGAUGACGUUUAUUAUAAAAGAUGGUUUGGUAACGGUAGUAUAUUCACUGUCAUGGGCGUUUUGGAUCAAUUAAUGGAGGCAUCCAAGGGUGGUAUGCUUAUGAGGUGUGAUGAUGCUGAUGGUUUGUGUGCAGCAAAUCCAAACUAUUAUGCGGGCCAUCAUCGUCAAUCUUUUCCAGCAGAAACUGUCAUUUGUGAUUAUUUUUACACCUCUAGAAAGCCGUUAUCGACAAUUUGCUUUGAAGGUACUAUUGUUGAUGUCGGUCCUAAACAUUAUGCAGGUAUUGAUAUGUUACAUCGUUACUUGCACGUUCCUACCAUGAGUAUGGAUGGAUUUAUUGGUGAAUAUGCAGAAACUCUUGAAGAAGUUGUUGACUACGCCCAAAACAAUGUAACGUUCGCUGUUAGAAAUACCGACAAUUACCUGUACUACCUUGCAGACGUUUAUAGUACUUCUGUUAUCCCCGGUGGCUGUCUUGGUAAAUUAUGA